AUGUAUCUGUUGUGGUCACCUCUGUGGAGAAGAAAGUCAACAACCUUACAGUCAAGAUAUAGGGAUGAUCAUUAUAAACUGAAACCGAUAGAACAGUUUUUAAAGAAGCAUAAAUUGUUGCUUUACUGUGGACCUCAAAAUUUAUUCAUUUCCAUGAAAAGUCACUCAAGACCAUUUUUAAAUACUAAAAGAGCUCGAGAAGUUCGGCAUCUGACUCGCUUUAAAAGAGACUAUCAAAAUACGAAAACUCAAAAGAAAAAUAUGUUACUCGUACAUUAUCUAGUCAAGAGGAUUGCUUCCACUCAUUCGAUUAAUUUCCAUGAUAUGAGCAGUCAUUAUUGUUGUAAUAUUUUCCCAAAUUUGAAAUUUAGGUUUGAAUGCGACUGGAUGAUUUACGAUCGAUGGAGUUUGAGUUGUCGAUCCAAGAAACAAAAAGUAUGGAUGACAAUUAAUGAUCUAAGGCGAACAGAACAACAUGAAUAA